CCCUGACUGCACGCAUUUACCGUCUAUCCGCGCUGCGCUUCCUGUCUUUUCCGGCAAAGCGAACAACCUGCACGUGCCCAGGCCCUCGCAGCCAACCAGGAGCCCCCGGCUGUCCGGGAGGAUUACCUCUGCAGCCACGCCGAUUGGUCCGCUCGGCGUCCGGACGAGCUCGUUCGGCAACAGAUGGAAGGCUCGGGUCGGCUUAUGUAAGGCCUCUGCCGGCUGUCGUUCGCUCUUCGUUCUCUCCAGACCCAGAGAGCGAGAAGAAAGUCCAGCUUCCCAGCGAGAACGCCAACCCUGCGCUCUCAAUUCCUGUCCUCUCCUCUCCUCUCUUAUCCCACGCUAUCUCGCGUCCUUUUCCUUCGAUUGUGUUUCGCUCUGGUCUCGAGCAGCUGCUCCUAACCACACAUCAUGAGCUCCAUGAGCUUGAGGAGCCUGGCUCCCGCAUCUAAGAUCUCUCGUGCUCUGAGGGAUCAGAGACGUCUCUUUUCUUCCACCCGUCCCGCAGCCCGUAUAUUCGCCAACCAGCCGCUGCGCGCAAAGGCGGCCGAGGGCUUCAUUGCCCAGAAGUAUCCCAUCAUUGACCACGAGUACGAUGCGGUCGUCGUUGGUGCUGGUGGUGCCGGUCUGCGCGCCGCCUUCGGUUUGGCCGAGGCUGGUUUCAACACUGCCUGUAUCUCUAAGCUUUUCCCGACCAGAAGUCACACUGUCGCAGCGCAGGGAGGUAUCAAUGCUGCGCUUGGAAACAUGCACGAGGACGACUGGAGAUGGCACAUGUACGAUACCGUGAAGGGAUCCGACUGGCUUGGCGACCAGGACGCCAUUCACUACAUGACCCGAGAGGCUCCGGCAAGUGUCCGAGAACUCGAGGGUUACGGUUGCCCCUUCUCCCGUACUGAGGAUGGACGUAUCUACCAGCGUGCUUUCGGUGGUCAGUCGCAGAAGUAUGGCAAGGGUGGUCAGGCCUAUCGAUGCUGUGCUGCUGCUGACCGUACCGGACACGCUCUCCUUCACACUCUCUACGGCCAGUCUCUCCGUCACAACACCAACUACUUCAUCGAGUACUUCGCUCUGGAUCUCCUGAUGGAGGAUGGCGUCUGCAGAGGUGUUAUCGCGUACAACCAGGAAGACGGCACCCUCCACCGCUUCAAGGCGCACCACACUGUCCUCGCUACCGGUGGUUACGGACGUGCCUACUUCAGUUGUACCUCCGCCCACACGUGUACUGGUGACGGUAUGGCUAUGGUCGCCCGUGCCGGUCUGCCUAACCAGGAUCUGGAGUUCGUCCAAUUCCACCCUACUGGUAUCUACGGUGCUGGAUGUCUCAUUACUGAGGGUUCCCGUGGUGAGGGUGGUUACCUGCUGAACUCGGAGGGUGAGCGUUUCAUGGAGCGUUACGCCCCUACCGCUAAGGACCUGGCUUCCCGUGACGUCGUCUCGCGGUCCAUGACCAUCGAAAUUCGUGAGGGCCGUGGUGUUGGUCCUGAGAAGGACCACAUCUACCUGCAGCUUAGCCACCUUCCCGCCGAACUCCUCCACGAGCGUCUGCCCGGUAUCUCCGAAACCGCUGCCAUUUUCGCUGGUGUCGAUGUCACCAAGCAGCCCAUUCCCGUCCUGCCCACCGUUCACUACAACAUGGGUGGUAUCCCUACCCGCUACACUGGUGAGGUGCUGACUCUCGAUGAGAAUGGCAACGACAAGGUCGUCCCUGGUCUGUUCGCCUGCGGUGAAGCUGCCUGUGUCUCUGUCCACGGUGCCAACCGUCUGGGUGCUAACUCUCUGCUCGACUUGAUCGUCUUCGGCCGUGCUGUCUCUCAUCGUGUCAACGAGAUCUCCUCUCCCGGAAAGCCUCACAAGGAGCUCGCUUCGGACGCUGGAGCUCAGUCGAUUGCUGACCUCGACUGGGUCCGCAAUGCGGAUGGCCCCAAGUCGACCUUCGAAGUUCGCAAUGCCAUGCAGAAGACCAUGCAGACCGAUGUUAGUGUCUUCCGUACGCAAGAGAGCUUGGAUGAGGGUGUCAAAAAGAUCACCGAGGUCGACCAGAUGUACAGCCAGAUCGGCACGAAGGACCGCAGCAUGAUCUGGAACUCUGACCUCGUCGAGACUCUCGAACUUCGGAACCUUUUGACCUGCGCGACGCAAACCGCCUACGCUGCCGCAAACCGCAAGGAGUCCCGUGGUGCUCACGCCCGUGAGGACUACCCCGAGCGUGACGACGAGAACUGGAUGAAGCACACCCUUACCUUCCAGAAGAAGCCUCACGGCGAGAUCGACCUGACCUACCGUGCCGUUGAGUCCAAGACCCUCGACGAGAACGAGUGCAAGUCCGUCCCUCCUUUCAAGCGUGUAUACUAAACGAAGCGCACACGGGAUAUAUUAAGUGUGCGUUGUUGGUGGGGCAUUGGUGUGGGCCACGAAUGUCUUUCUGCCUUCCGGGGAACUGGGGGUUGGCGUUGUGACAUCGGUCAGUAAUAUGUUAUUCUCGCCGAAGGAUGUGGUACCGCCGUCUGUAUUACAAUGAGUCCAGCAGUGCCUGGCUCACCCAGCGAAGCUGCAACGGAAACGGGGAAAGGAAAGAGGGGACAAAAAACUCCGCAUC